UGUUAAAUUAUUAUUGUAACCCUAAAUUGAGGGACGGUACAAAAUAUCUAGAAUUUCAGCUUCAAUUUCCUGGCAAUGCCAUGGACUGGUCUUCAUGGUUUCGAAGAAACGCUAAAAACGCCAAAAGCCCAAAUCAGCAGCAGCGAAAAACACAUGCAGAUGAAGAUGAAGAGCUGCUUGGAGUCACUUCUCAAUUAAUCGAUCAUGUCAAGUCCUUCACACUUGACACCUUCAAGAAUUUCCCACUUCCGGCUGAAGAAGAUGGAACUACCGGAGCUGCUACUUUUAGCGAUGAAGUUCUUGCUACUACUGCAACUACAUCGGCCAAUAUUCGAAAGGAUCUCUCUCAAUGGCAAGAGCGACAUGCUACUCUUGUUCUUUCCAAAGUCAAGGAACUUUCACAACUUAGAUUUAGGCUUUGCCCUGGCCACUUGAAGGAACGAGAAUUUUGGAGGAUUUAUUUUACACUUGUUAAGAGCUACAUAGCUGAAUAUGAGUUGCAGGCCAUACGAGUGGCAAAAAUUAAAAGGAUGGCAACGGAGAAGGAAAUAUCUUCAGAUUCUGGUGCAUUUGAAGUUGAAAUGGCAGAAACAAAGCAAGCAGCAAGUUUGGAACGUCCAACUCCAUGAGAUUGUUCACUCUUAGCCUGAUGUUGAAAGCAUAGGUGUAUGUAUUAGUCUAAUUUUACUUGGAAAAGAGAGUUUCAUAACACUUGAAUUUUGUGAUUGCAUUUCUACUGUUACGUAGCACAUACUGGAUUUGGUGAUUGCUUGGUCA